AUGGUGGAACGCGCCCUGGUCCUAGCGAGAGAGCUCCGAUCCAUCAACCGACAUCGCAAUGAACCACAGAAGAUUCAACGUAGCAGAUACUUUCGUGCCUACUGCACUGGGCGUUUGCAUGAGGUCGCCGUCGCCUCAGAGACUGAGGAUGCAGCCUGGGUGCCGGCGCUGAAAUCUGCCCUUCACCGCUGCAAUCUAGCCUUGAUCCGCGAGUGCGAGAGAUCUGAGGUCACAGAGAUCAUCGAUCUUUCCCUGGAGUCAUUGGAGAAAGAAUUGCAGAACUUGCAGCAGGAAGUGUGGGAGCUCGAUCGGAAGAAAAUGGAGAAUUUGAAGAUGUUGAAUCCUAGACAUGUUGCCGGUGCACAAGCUUCUCCGGGCAAACAGUUGGUGAGAGUUGAGAUCCAAUCUUUGGGUGGAGCAGCAUUUCAGGUUACUUGUUCGUUGAACGAAACAUUGCUGCACUUGAAGCAAUACAUUUGCAGUUCUGGGGGUCCUCUGGUCCGAGAUCAGAAGUUGGUCUGGAACCGCUCGGAUUUGCGCUGGAUUCAUCAGACGAGACCGGAGGCUUCAGUGGAUUCCUUCAGCCUUUUCUAUUUGGGAAUCCUCGACGGCGAUUCGGCGAUGCUGUACUACGUGCGGUAUUGUUCCCAAUGUGAAGGCGUUUGCGCCUGUACGGAGUGUCAUGGAGAUGGCAUGCCAAAUGGCUGUGGCAGCUGCGGAAGCAUCAAGAAGCCGUGCCGGGUGUGUAAACAAGCGUGCCGGUGUCCGCAAUGCCACGGAGACUACAUGAGUCAGCCCCUGGAGCAUUGCAACGCCUGUGGUGAGCGGAACGAGGGAAUGUACAUUGCAAUGGAGCCCUCGUUUGUUUGA